UCGUGAAAAGACGUCAUGAAGCAUUCUCUCGUGUUGUUUUUGUUAUUAUUUACAUUUUUGCCGGCGAAUUUACAAAAGUUACCUUUAGUUAUCAACACUUGGGGCUUCACCAAUGCCGCUGUAGAAGCUUGGAACGCUGUUUAUCAUCAAAAUUUAUCGGCAAUUGACUCUGUGGUCAUCGGUUGCAGCGUUUGCGAGCGUGAACAAUGCGACGGAACUGUCGGUUAUGGCGGCUCUCCCGACGAAAAUGGCGAAACGACGUUAGAUGCGAUGAUCAUGGAUGGCAAAACGAUGAAAAUGGGCGCAGUUGCUGCCUUGCGAAACGUCAAAGAUGCAAUUGCCGUCGCAAAACACGUACUUUUGUACACGAAACAUUCGAUGUUGGUCGGAAAUCAAGCAAGUGACUUUGCCGAACAACAAGGUUUUCGGAAAGAAACUCUCACGACGAACGUUUCGAAGCAAAUUUGGAGCGAAUGGCGUGCAAAUAAUUGUCAACCAAACUAUUGGCAGAAUGUAAGACCUGAUCCGAGGACAACUUGUGGGCCGUAUAAACCAAAUAAAAUCGUAAAAAUCAAUUCUCGUGAUGAAAACUCGAUUUUCGGAUAUGGAAAAUUCAAUCACGACACAAUCGGGAUGCUCGUAAUCGACAGAGAAGGUAAUAUCGCAGCAGGAACUUCAACAAACGGAGCUCGUCAUAAAAUCCCCGGAAGAGUAGGCGACAGUCCGAUACCCGGAGCAGGAAGUUACGCUGAUAACGAAAUUGGAGCCGCAGCAGCUACCGGCGAUGGAGACAUAAUGAUGCGAUUUUUACCCUCAUUUUUAGCUGUUGAACUCAUGAGACAAGGAAGAACUCCGAGCGAUGCAGGAAGAUUAGCAAUUGAGAGAAUUAUUAAACAUUAUCCGGAAUUCAUGGGAGGAAUUAUUGCCGCUGAUAAAUACGGAAAUUAUGGCGCCGCAUGUCACGGAAUCGAUUAUUUUCCGUUUUCAGUUUUUAAUUUGGAGUCCAAAGAUGUGCAAUUAAUAAAAAUUAAAUGUAAAUAAAAAAAAAUUAAUU